AUGUGGCCAUGGUUUCCCAAGCAGUCGUCUAGUGGGACCAUUUCGAGACUUCUGUCCCAUGGAAUAAAGCCCUUUCCGAAAGGGUCGUAUACGCUUUUCGAGCCGGAAGAUGUUGAAGUUGACAUUGUGUUCAUCCAUGACCUGACUGAAAACCGCGACGAGGCGUGGAGGUUGACGGAGUCGAAUGAUCCCUGGCCCAAGCAGCUCCUACCGGGCCAAGUCAAGGCGCGGAUUGUCGCCUUCGGAUAUGAUGCUGGUAAGAUGGCGAAGCUAGGCGACAUGCUCGACUCGGAGAAAUUGGAACAACACGCCAAGGAGCUCUUAAAAGACUAUCCGUUCCGUCUCUCUUCAACAUCUCCGUCUGACGCACUGCAUGGAGAUACCCAGGAGACACAGCCAGGUCUCAUCCAAACUCCAGUCGGUAUAGAACGGUCCGUCAUCUUCGUCGCCCACGGCUUCGGUGGUUUGGUGUACGAACAGUAUCUAUCUGCGGAAUGGGCCGUCCUCCCCGAUUUCGAGCCAAUCCCCAUCGACAAGAGUCAUUUCGAGAUGACAAAGCUGAUUGAAACAGACCCGGCCUUUUCUAGAAUUGCGGAAUUGCUCAAUAAACGGGCGGAAGAACUGCGUUUGAAGAGUGUCGACGACGAGGAGCUACCCUCACCCCGGGACCCGCUCAGCGAUAUGAAAAAGAUCUUUGGAUAUGUGAAACCGCAACCGCAACCGCAACUGCAACCACAACCAAGUAUCCAGGCGGACACCUCUGCGCCAGGCAAGGCCCCUCAAGAACCGGAGGAUAGGCAUCCGAACGUCUUAAGAGAUAAUAUCACUGUGCUCUAUGACAAGGGUAAGGAGAGCACAAUAGAUAUUGUCUUCGUGCACGGAUGGAACGGACACCCAGAGACGACUUGGACACAUAGCGACACCAAGUUCUUUUGGCCUUGGGACCUGCGGAAGCACUUUCCAGACGCUCGUGUAAUGGUUUACGGAUACGAUGUCGAGUUUUCACCAAACAUGCAGUCCAAAGUGAUCGAAUUGAUCGAAGGGCCAGCUAUAACGCUUAUCCGUAGUCUUGAAGAUCGAAGGCAGAAAGUUUUUGAGCAAUACAGACCCCUGGUGUUCAUUGCUCAUAGCUUCGGCGGGCUGGUUGUUAAAAAGGCGCUCAUUCUUGCUUCGGAAACACCAACCGAGGCCGACCCCCGUCGUAGUAUUCAUACUGCGGCAAGAGCCGUCGUAUUCUUCGGAACUCCUAAUGCUCACAGCAGCUUUAGCAGUAUGGCUCAAGUCCUGCUGAACAUCGCCAAGAUGUCCUUCACGAACGUGCCUCCGAAUUCUGUAUAUGCCCUCAGGUCUCUUUCAGACGAAGUUCUUGCUCUUACAGAUCGUUUCCGAAGAAUUGUUUUUGAGCUUAUUUCCCUGGUGAUAUAUACCUGUGUAGAAACGAAGAUAACUCCGAAAGUAGGGGAAUUGGUCGUUCGCAAGGAUUCCGCCGUCUUCGGCUAUCCAAAUGAGAGAACGGUGUUCAUUAACGCAGACCAUGAGCAUAUGGUGAAAUUUACCCACGAAGAUGACGAUGGCUACAAGAAAGUGCGGGAUAUAAUUCAAAGCAUGGAGAGACGUGUUAUCAGCGCACCUAAGUAG